AUGCAGAAUCCUUACACGGCUGAAAGACUGAAAGAUCUUGAUGCAACCUGUGGUAUUCCGGAUGAUGCCUGGAUCAACACAUCUUGCCAGGAUUUGCAGAGUCUGCGAGCGGACUACAAAGACCAGUACCGUGUCUCCUGCAAUCAGGAGCUUUUCGCUUCCAGCACGAUGCGAAAGACGUUGUCGAUUCCCCUGAAUGGGAAGUGGGUUUCCGCUGAAAGUCGGAGACCGGGAUCUUUGUACAAGCCGGAAUGGAUGCUGGACACACUGACGAGCUACCACUUCACUUGGGACUCCACUGCCGAGGAAACCGAAAAGCUUUUCUCAAAGAACGCACCUGCUGGCGGAGAUGUCCAGCUCAUGGAGGACGACGCACUAUGUGCCUCACGCGGUCUGAAGACUCCGUGCCCCAUCGACGUGCUAUACACCGGGAAGAUCCUUUACAAAGGGCAGCAUUCAGGAGACAACAAGAAGGUCCUGGAAAAGACUGGCGUCUCUCUCGCACACUUGCCGGCAUCAAGUCCUGCCGUGCAGCCUUUGCUCGAGAUCCACAUGGAUGUCGAGCGGACCGUCGAGCUCAUACGCAGAGGCAGACCGCGAUGGUGGCCACUGGACGAGGACAUGACGCGCGAGAUUCUACAGUGCAACGCACGUUCUUACUGGCGGCUGCACCGCGAAGCUUGUCAGAAACGCGGAGUCGUCCAGCAGCCUGCAUUUCCGUUCGCGGUGGACUUGGAGGAGGCGAUGGCUGAUGUUACUGCUGCUCGAGACAAAAGUAUCACUUUGCAGCCGGGCUACGUCUACACUGUCGAUGUGGUAGCGGCAGUCAUUCCACUUUACGUGAAGGACAUGUGGGGCACGGUGAGAAUUUCGACCUUUUACGUCGAAGUGGAAUCCGCGCGCGUCUACUCGCAGGUGCUGAGCUUCAAGGAGCGUAACCAGGCACAGGUGCGGCUCAAGUUCAAGCUCAGUGACAAGGCGAAGGCGUUGCUCAAACAACCCGUCCUGGGCUGGGUAGAUCUGGCAUCACAAAGCGGCGCCUGGUUCGGAAUCUGGGGUCUGGCAUCGGUCAUCUUGUCUACCUUCUACAGCUCGCUUCGGAUGUGGGGUGACCUUGGUCCGAAAGAUGGCGAGAUCACACUGGAUGAAUAUCAGGCAAAGCACGAGAAGAAGCUUGAGCUCUUAAAACGGAAGGCUGCUCGCAGGAUCAAGGUUCAGCUUGAGAAGGCGUAUCAGCAAUACGGCAUCAGUGUGAGCCUUCAGAAGGUUUCUGACCUGCUGGUUGAACCGUCUCAAUCCAAGAACUUGAGGAAGAAGGUCCUGCUGAAAGAGGUCUUGAAGGACAGCAACCCGCUGGCAGACUUGCCGGCACAUGUAGCGAACUUGCUCGGAGAGGUCCGCGUGCACCUUGACGACAUGAUUCGCUUGGACAGUAUGGCACCGGAUGGCGAGGAUGACGAGCUGCAGCAAUUGGAAGAGGAGGAGAAGCAGACACAGAUCCGAUGUGGCUCCUGCCUCUCAUACGCAUAG